AGUGUGACGCGUCAGUUGUCAACAUUUGGCUGAGCCGCGGGAGGGUUAGCGAUCGCAGUGCGCAGCUCGCUCUCUGACUGGUGGUGGUGGCGAGGCAGGUCUUGCUGCUUCUUGCCCCUCGGUUGGCUUCCUCUCGGGACUUGGCCAGGCUGAGACAGGCACUUCCAAGGCUGUGGCGAGAGAGACGUAUAGAGUGCGUCUUCUAAACAACACCUGCUUCGCUCCAAGGGCCCACAUAGACUAUUAUUGUCCAGUCUAUAUACUUCGCCACUCACCCUCCCAAAACGUCAAUCACGAAGCACCUGACGGUCGCUCCAGGGAUGUCCAUGGCCCCCCAUAGGACGCCUGUGGAGGUGCCCAAUAGCCAUGAUCGAGAUGCUGACAAUGGUCUCAUCAGAGCGACGGGAGACCAGGAGGACAGCAGGUGCUUCCUCCGGGGCAGUGACGCAUACACCCCCACAGUCGUCCCUCCCGCUAUGAAUGCUUCAUAUCCCUCACUCCCACGGUCUCCUGCAACCACUCCACCGCCCCUGUCCCCCAUCCACAUUAACCCCGUGCACCUGGCGAAGAGUCUCCUUGCUCACCCUGACAACCAGAAAGAUGAGGAAUCGGGAGCUGAACGGCGCAAAGGAGAGGAAGAAACAAAGAAGAAAGUCAAACCCCACAGCUCAAGAGUGCCCAGGCGUAUAAGGGACCUCGCAGCCUAUUGGCUGCUCGGCUUCUGCAACAACUUCACCUACUGGGUCAUGAUCACCGCUGCCUAUGAUCUGCUCGCGGCCCAGCACCAGGGGUAUAGUGAGAGGUCCGCGCUGGCAGCCCCAUCUGGCCAGCCCCUCAACGCCUCGCUGGAGGUCACCGUCAGCCUUCCCGGAUGGAGCAACGACUCCUUUGUUAAUACCUUCACGUGCAAUCGCCACUCCACGGGGGCAAUCUUGGUGGCUGACACGCUGCCCGCCACGGCACUCACCCUCGCGGCGCCCCUGACCCUGCUGCUGAGCGUGGGUCUGCGGGUGUGGGUGCUGAGCAUUUUCUGCAUCGUCUCCUACUUAGUGCUGGGCCUCGCUUCGCCAGACCUCGUGUUUCUGGGCGUGGCUUUGGCUUCCGCCUCGCGUGGGUUGUCCGAUCCUACCUUCCUCAGCCACGCCACUAACUACCACAAAAACGUGCUGUCGUUGUGGUCCUCGGGUACUGGCGUGGCGACCUUCGUGGGCCCGCUGCUGUUCUCCGCCAUGACCACCUGGGGGCUGCACCCUCGCCACGCCCUGCUCACCUUCCUCGCCGUGCCUGUGGUCAUCGUGUUCAGUUUCUGGUGUUUGCUGAGCAGAGCACAGCCCCUCAAGGCUCCCGUUGACCUGGAGAAGGUGGACAGCGUCGCCCUGGUGUGUGAGAAGGAGGAGAUAGAGGGCAAGAAGCAGAAAAUGGCCGCACGCAUCAAGCAAAAGAUCUUCAUUUUCGGGAGAGCACAGAAGUACCUGUUACCGAUGGCGGUGUUCUACCUGAUCAUGUACUUCACCGGUCAGGGCUUGCUUGAGAUGGUGUACUUCCCCGCGUCGCCGCUCACUCACGCUCAGCAGUACUCCUGGAGCAUCACAAUUCGCUGCCUCGGGACUUUAAUAUCACGUAGCUCCCACAAGCUGUUCCUUCUCCCCUCCACGUGGCUCUACUCCCUCAUCGCCCUGGUGAUCGCGGCCGUGGUGGGAACGGAGGCUCACUUCCAUUACCUCCCCUCAGAGUACAUCAUAUUUGCCCUCAUGUUCAUGCAGGGGCUCAGUGAGGGCGCCUCCUUCAGAGCGGCCGUCUUUUCUUUGCACAACAAGACAAGUGAAGAAGACCGGGAGUUCUCCAUGGCAAUCUUCCCAGCCUUCCUAUUCCUGCCAGCCAUGCUCGCAGGCUUCGCCUCUAUCCCCACCCAUGAGUUCUUGUGUCACCACCACCUCUACCGUCAGUGAUGCCGCCACAAGGAUGCACGCGGGAGGCAGGCCUUUCCGAGGUACCCAGGAGACUGAUGUACGUACAGUGAGAAGCAAAGUUUGUGGACGCGGUCUCACAAUCCCUGGGAGUGAGGAAGAAAUGCACCUUGCCUUCCUCGAGUAUUGCCUGGUCACUGUAUCAGUAUUGUGAAGUGUUUUGCUGUGCACUCGUGGUCUAAGUCAAGCAACGCCCCCACACAGGUCACCAUUGAGUUUAAGGUUUUCCUGUAGUCUUUAGUUUUCUGAUCUGAUAAUCUCGCCAAUAUUUGAUAUAUUUCCACCUGGUUAGAAAACUCAAGGUUGCAGGAAAUACAGCGAAUGUACAAGUAAAUCCGGGAGAGCAUUCACUCGUCCGUGACUGUACAGGACACCUCUGCUAUCGUCCUGCCCAUGGGAGGAAUAUAUACACAUAUAUAUGCACAUGUACAAAUCAAUACAAUGCAUAAUAAUCAUGUAUCUACUGAAGCAAUAAAGAAUACAUACAGUGAA